GUCCGGGGCGGAUUCAGAGGAGCGGUCCUCCAGCUGUGUGUAUUCCGCUAUCAUCCCCAGUCCUGAGCGAGACACAUCUGCCGGGCACAGCAGCAUCAUGGCGGCAGACGGCAGCACCCAGGCAUUAAUCAAUUAUUACUGCCAGGAAAAGUACUUUCAUCAUGUUCAAACCGCCUCUAAUGAAGUUCUCAAGGAGUAUGUUAAUGAUCCCGUAUUCCUCUUUUUCCGGGCCUUCGGGAUGUUAAUGGAAGAUCAAGUGUCGGAGUUCUUCCAGGAAAUGGAAAUGAUAAAGGAUAAAUCCGAUGUUUCACUGUGUUCUCUUAUGGCUUUAAUAUAUGCUCACAAGAAAAGCGCAGAUCCAGGCAGAGAAACCAUUCAGGACCUGGAAAUGAGAAUGAAGGAGCAACGGAAAACAGCCGGACCUAAAGCCUUAUAUUAUGCCGGGUUGUUCCUGUGGCACGUGGGACGCCAUGAUAAAGCUCGGGAGUAUGUCGACAGGAUGAUCAAGAUAUCAAAUGGUGAUAAAGAUGGAUUGGUAUUGAAAGGAUGGCUGGAUCUGACCUGUGGCAGAGAAGCCUAUGCUAAAAAGGCUCUGAAGUACUUGGAGGAAGGACUGCAUGAUGGCAUAGAUGUGUUUGCUAUGAUGGGAAAGGCUCACUAUUACGAGUUGCGGCAGAAUUACUCCGGGGCCUUGGAAGCCGUGAACAAAAUCCUAGCCAGCUCUGCAGGCUUCCUUCCCGCUCUCAUUAAGAAAAUGAAGCUACAACUGGCUUUGCAAGACUGGGAACAGACAGUAGAGACCGCGCUAAGGUUGCUGCAGAAGGAUAAUCAUAAUUUGGAGGCAAUUCGGAUUCUGGCUCUUCAUUAUCUGUGUAGAGAGGGAAAUGUUCAUGAGGCAACGACAAAACUGGGGGAUCUCAUCAAUGCUUUGGAUCGCUUUGAACCACACAAUGCUCACCUCUAUUACAAUAUGUCUUUAGCUUUUAGUAGAAUGUGUGAACGUAACCAGCUCAUCCUUCAACAAACCCAGACUUUGGUGGAACGGGCGGUUAGUUUGGCCCCUCAUGAGGCCAGUUUUGCCACUGAACAUGGCUAUCAGCUUGUUCUACAAGGUCGCAUUAAGGAAGCUUUAAAAUGGUACAAAACGGCAAUGAAUCUUGACGAGUCCAGUGUGUCUGCACUGACAGGCAUCAUUCGGUGUCAAAUAAUUGAAGGACAGCUACAAGAUGCUGAACAGCAGUUGGAAUUCCUUAUGGAGAUCCAGCAGUCUAUUGGAAAGUCCGGGGAACUGUCUUACUUACGUGCUCUCCUUGCUAUGAAGAAGCAGAAAAAGCAGGAAGACGUUAUUCAUUUGUUGAACGAUGUUUUGGACAGUCACUUCACUUCACUACAAGGGCUGCCGCUCGGUAUUCAGUAUUUUGAGAGACUUAACCCAGAUUUCUUGCUGGAAAUUAUAAGGGCAUAUCUCAAUUUCUGUCCUAAUCAGCCUCCCAUUCCAGGUCAGCCAGCAUCCCCUCUAUUAAAGCACUGUGCCUCUGUUCUGGAAACAGUAGUGAAGGUGGCUCCAGGCCUUCAGCAAGCUGUCUUUUUGAUAGCAAAAGUGAAAUAUUUAACAGGUGAAGUUGAAGCAGCUCAGAGUAAUCUUCAACAUUGUCUUGAACAUAACCCUUCAUAUGCCGAUGCUCACCUCCUGAUGGCUCAGGUGUACUUGUCCCAGGACAAUCUAAAACUGUGUUCACAGUCACUGGAGCUCUGCUUGAGUUAUAGUUUUGAGAUACGUGAGUAUCCAGUGUACAAUCUCCUGAAAGCACAGACCCAGAAACGGAUGGGAAAUGUUCAAGAAGCCAUUAAAACACUACAGAUGGCAAUGAACUUACCUGGAAUGAAGAAAGGAAGCACUACAGCAAAGUCAAAAGGAAGAAAAGUAGAGAUCAGUGCCAGCGACAGGGUAUCCAUUUACCUGGAGCUUGUAGAUGCUCAUCGUAUGAACGGCGAGCAGCACGAGGCAGCAAAGGUAUUACAAGAUGCUAUCAAUGAAUUUACUGGAACAGCGGAAGAACUGCGUCUCAUGAUUGCGAAUGCGGAGCUGGCUUUGACUCAAGGCGAUGUGGAACAAGCAUUAUCCAUGCUUCGAAAUGUCUCUCCAGAGCAGCCUUACUUUGUACAGGCCAAGGAGAAAAUGGCUGAUAUUUAUCUGCAGCACCGAAAAGAUAAGAAGCUCUAUGUCAGUUGCUACAGGGAUCUGGUUGAGAAGGUUCCAAGUUCUCAAACAUAUCUCCUUCUUGGCGAUGCCUAUAUGAAUAUUCAAGAGCCGGAGAAAGCCAUAGAUGUUUAUGAACAGGCUUUGAAGAAGAACCCCAAAGAUGGAACCCUUGCCAGUAAAAUUGGUAAAGCUCUGAUCAAGACACACAACUAUGCCAAGGCUAUUAGUUACUAUGAAACCGCUUUGAAAAGCGGUCAGCAGACUUUUCUCCGCUAUGACUUGGCCGAGCUCCUAUUAAAGCUGAAGCAUUAUGAGAAGGCAGAGAAAGUUCUACAGCAAGCACUGGACCAUGAGACCGUUAAUGAACUAUCUCCUCUUAUGGAUGACAGCCGUUACCAUGUUCUGCUUGCAAAAAUUUACAGCAAGAUGGAGAAGACAGAAGAUGCCAUUGUUUCCUUACAGAGAGCCCGAGAACUGCAGGCCAGGGUACUGAAGAGGGCACAGCUAGAGCAACCAGAUGCAGUCCCAGCCCAGAAAGUGCUAGCAGCAGAAAUCUGUGCCGAAAUUGCCAGACAUGCUGCAGCCCAGCGUGACUAUGAGAGGGCAAUUCAAUUCUAUAAGGAAGCUCUGGUGUACUGUGAAACUGACAAUAAGGUAAUAAUGGAGCUUGCACACCUGUAUCUUGCGCAAGAUGACAUUGACUCGUGCCAGCAGCAAUGUGCUCUCUUAUUGAAAAAUGACCAGAACAAUGAAGCUGCUGCAAUGAUGAUGGCAGAUCUUAUGUUCAGGAAGCAAGACUAUGAACAAGCCAUGUUUCACUUUCAGCAGCUGCUGGAGCGUAAGCCAGAUAAUUAUGGAACUCUUGCUCGUUUGACUGACCUGUUGAGAAGAGCUGGGAAGCUUGAAGAAGUCCCAAAAUUUCUAGAUCUGGCUGAGAAGUAUUCCUCCAGAGCAAAGCUUGAACCUGGCUUUCACUAUUGCAAAGGAUUAUACUUGUGGUACACAGGUGAAGCUAAUGAUGCCCUCCGACAUUUCAAUAAAGCUCGUAAAGACAGCGACUGGGGACAAAAUGCCAUAUAUAACAUGAUUGAGAUCUGUUUAAAUCCAGAUAAUGAUACUGUGGGCGGGGAAGUGUUUGACAACUUGGAUGGUGAUAUAGGGAACUCCACAGAAAAGCAAGAGUCUGUACAGCUUGCUGUGCGAACAGCAGAGAAACUUCUUAAGGAGUUGAAGCCACAAAGUCUCCAUGGGCACAUCCAGCUUCGAAUUAUGGAGAACUAUUGCCUGAUGGCAACUAAGCAGAAAGCCAAUGUAGAGCGCGCUCUAAACACGUUUACUGAAGUGGCAGCUGCAGAAAAAGACCAUAUGCCGGCACUUUUGGGAAUGGCCACUGCUUACAUGAUCUUAAAGCAAACCCCAAGAGCAAGAAACCAACUGAAACGCAUUGCCAAAAUGAACUGGAACCCAGCAGAGGCAGAGGAGUUUGAGAAGAGCUUACUGUUACUGGCAGACAUCUACAUUCAGUCAGGCAAAUACGAUAUGGCGGGCGAGUUGCUGAAACGCUGUCUGCGACAUAAUAAGUCAUGCUGCAAGGCUUACGAAUACACCGGCUAUAUCAUGGAGAAAGAACAAGCGUAUAAAGAUGCAGCCAGCAACUAUGAAAUGGCGUGGAAAUACGGCAACCAGACGAAUCCCACUGUGGGAUAUAAACUUGCUUUUAACUACCUUAAGGCAAAACGAUAUGUUGAUGCAAUUGACGUGUGCCACAAGGUCUUAGAACUUCAUCCCAAUUACCCAAAGAUAAGAAAAGAUAUUCUUGACAAAUCCAGAGCUGCCUUAAGGACUUAACACAGAAUGUCAAAGAUAAUUGUAGCAGCAGAAUACAGUACCCAGGCAGCAUGGAUGGAGUACUAGGCACAGCACCAUGGCAGGAGCAAUUGCCCACCGCCUUGUUUACUCACGAAUACCAGGCUAAUAGAAAAGGAUGUUGUAGUUGAAGUCGCUGUAGAGCCAGUUAACAAUUGAAUUUACUUGCCUUGAAUUGUGGGUGCAGCCAAUAU